CUCGUGUUUUCUAUCAAAACGUCGUCCGUUCGAAGUUGCAGGGAAAAUUUUGGCCGGAAGAUUCUCGAAUUUUAACACGUGAAACACGUUUCAAAGCAUAAUGGCUGAUAAAACUGAAGCUUUUGAUGGAAUUUUGUUGUCCAUAGCCACCCAACAUGAAGGAGGUGUCCAAGAUUUGUUGGACACGAUCUUCAGUUUCCUGUGUCGAAAAACAGAUUUUUAUACUGGUGCUGGAAUUCAAGCAGCCGAAAAGCUGCUGAUGGAGAAGUUCAACAAAUAUAGAGUCAAAGCAGACCAGGAAACAGCCAAGAAACGAGCCGAAGUCGAGGAACGUGAAAGAAAAAUCAAGGAACGCAGAGAAAAAGAGCAGGAAAAACGGGAAGCUCUCGAGCCGAAAAUCAAAGAAUUGACGGAUGAAGAAGCCGCCGAGAUGAUGCAACAACAAAAGGAAUCAUCGAAGGUGGUGGCUAAAGCAGCCACAAAGGACGUCGACGCCACGAAAAAGGAUGAAGAGGAAGAAGAUCCACAGGAUGCUGGCAAGCUCAAACCCAAUGCUGGCAAUGGGUGUGAUCUUCCCAAUUAUAGAUGGACGCAGACGCUCUCCGACAUUGAGGUGCGGAUCCCGUUGCCCAAGGCCGGACUUCGUUCUCGCGACCUUACGGUAGAUAUCCAGAAGAAUCAUCUCAAGGUUGCCGUCAAGAAUCAACUACCGGCCAUCAUCGACGAUCGGCUCUUGCACGACGUCAAGAUGGAGGAAUCAACUUGGCUGCUUGAAGACAAGCAGACGGUGCUCAUCACGCUCGAAAAAGUGAACAAGAUGGAGUGGUGGAGUCGUUUGGUCGUGUCCGAUCCAGAGAUCAACACGAAAAAGAUCAAUCCCGAACCGUCUAAGUUGUCCGAUUUGGACGGAGAGACACGGGGCCUCGUCGAGAAAAUGAUGUACGAUCAGCGCCAGAAGGAAAUGGGGCUGCCGACAUCCGAAGAGCAAAAGAAACAAGACAUGAUGAAAAAGUUCAUGGAACAACAUCCCGAAAUGGAUUUCAGCAAGUGCAAAUUUUCCUGAGUGAAAUUUUUUUUUUAUAUACAAAUUUUUUUCCAUUUUCACAAUUAAGAAACGCUUAAUUUUUCCUUUUUUUUCUUUAUUUCUUUCAAAAUAAAAAUCAUUCGGAAAUUCGUGUAUUCA